AUGUUUUACAAAAAUAUCAACAAACUUUCUAUACGUUUUAUAUAUUUAAAAAGCAAGUCAUGGGGUCCACAUACUGGACUUAAUAAGGUUAAGCUGGUAGAAAUUAGUCCUCGCCAACACACAAAACAAAUAGUUGAGGAAGAAACAAAAAUAAAUUUCAUCAAUCAACUAUCUAAAACAGGACUUAAGGUUAUAGAGAUGGGUGAUGCAUAUGAGUUAAUGGCAAAAAUUACACAAGAAUCUGGAGUGGAUUACACUGCUACAGUUUCCAAUAUUCAUGAACUAAAUAGGGCAAUUAUUGCCAAUGUUAAAGAUGUGGCGAUAUUCAGUUCUGCUUCAGAAACUUUUUGUAAAAAACAUUUUAAUUACUCUAUUAAAGAAAGUUUAGAGAUCUAUCAUUAUUUAGUGGAUCGUGCUAAUGCAGAAAAUAUUGCAGUAAGAGGUCAUAUCUCUUGUGCCUUAGGAUGUCCUUACGAAGGCGAGGUUAAACUUUCAACAGUGGCAAAAAUAGCUGAAAAGAUGUACAAGAUGGGAUGCUAUGAAAUAUCAUUAGGAGAUACAAUAGGUGUUGGGACUCCUGCUAAGGAAACUGUUGCAACAGAAGAUAUAGUGUACAUGUUAAAUGGGUUGAAUUAUUAUACUGGUGUUAAUUUAGAAAAAAUGAUUGAAGUUGGAAAUUACAUUUCACAAUACCUAAAUAAUCCAAAUAAGUCAAAAGUAGCUAUUGCUAUUGCCAUUGCCAAUAAUAAAUCAAUUGAAUAA